AUGGAAUCUAGGUUUUUGAAUUGUAUGAGGGAUCUGUAUUUACAUCAGCUGAUUUCUAAAGCUACUAGGUUUCGUACUUCACAAAAAUCCAAUAUAUUGGACUUGAUUCUAGUUCAUGACAAGGAUGUGGUUGCCAAAAUCGAUUAUUACUCCCCAAUUGGGAAUAGUGAUCAUAUUGUUCUGGUUUUCAUAUUGAGACAUACUUGGAAUUUAGUUAUAAAACGUGCCAAGCAAAAAUAUAAUUUUAACAAAGGUGAGUAUGAUAAGAUGAGAGUUUAUAUCAGAACUGAAUUAAGUAAAGAAAUGUGUGUAUUUAAACAAGUUUAUAAUGUUGUGAAACUCAAUGAAGCCUGGAGGGCACAAGUAAAGGAACUGGUGGAUGAGACCAAAGAGAAAGAAAAGGUUGAAUCGGGGGUAUACAUAUACAGAGUAAGGGGUAUUCCAGGAAAGAUGCGCAUUGUAAAAUUGUUGGCAAAAAGAGUAUAG